AUGUCUUCUAGUAGAACACGACUUAUACCGCGAGCUGACUAUUACUCUAGCCAGACUUUGGCAGAGGUCUUCUCGACCACGGAACGCUACAUGCUCUGGGAUGAUGAUCGAAUUGCCGCGAAGAAGUCCACCGAGCAGGAAGAUCGGCCGACCAAGCGGGUAGACCAAAAAAGCGACAGGCUUGGCAGCAAGGACAACGCAAGUCGCACCCACAAGGAGAUGCUACCGCCACCCUUGAAAGGAGAUCCGGACAAGAGGGAUACCAGAAAGUAUUGUGCCUUUCAUGCGACACAUGGGCACAAUACGAAUAAUUACUUUGCUUGGAAAGCACACCUCGAAGAACUCGUGAGAGAAGGUCACUGCACGGAGUUCAUCACGAAGCAGGCCAUCCAGCAGAUAGAGGACCGCGAAACCACUAAGGAGCCACCCCAAAAGGUCAUGAGGAUUAACAUAAUCCUAGCAGAGUCCGAGGAGUCCGGACUGACCAACAAAGAAAAGACGAGAAAGAUCAAACAGGCCAUCAUGAUCUCUCAGGUCUCCACUAGUCUCCCACUGGCAGAAGACAAUCUCGUGAUCGGCUUCCAGAAGAAAGAUCUAAUUAGCCUUGAUCUACCACACAAUGACGCCCUUGUCAUCAGCAUUCAAAUUGCUCAGGCCAUGGUUGACCGAAUCCAUGUGGACGAGGGCAGUGCAGCCAACAUCCAACAAUUGGCGGUCAUCCAACAGAUGGGCUUGGAGACAAAGAUCAAUAAAUCAGCCAAGUCGCUGACUGGCUUCAAUGGCACAACAACGGUUACCGUGGGCACGAUAGAUCUCGACGUCUACUCCCCAACUGUAAUCAGUUCGCAAACGUUCAUGGUCAUUGAUGAGGUCUCACCCUACAAUGGCAUUCUGUGUAGACCAUGGAUCGCCAAGAUCAACGCCAUCACCUCCGCCACACAUCAGAAGAUUCGCUACCCAAUCCCUGGGGUCGGUAUCGGCCAAAUCAAUAGCGAUCAGGCAAUGGUGAGGAAAUGCUCAGUUCAAGGGCUGAAGAAAGGCAAGCAAACAUAG